AUGCAAAUCAGCGAAACAAUUUUACUUAUUAUCACCACGAUAAUUACAGUCAUAUCUGCAUUAUUUUGUAUUAUUUCAUUGGCAACUGCAAGAUGGACAACAUUGUACGGUUUAUUUUGCACUGGCUGUUCAACAUCAUCAGCGGGUCUUUCUGUUGUUGCGUUCAUAUUAUUAGUUGCUUCUAUCAUUGUUCUUAUCUUACUUAUCAUUCGAAUUUUACCGAAGUCUACUCGAAUUCUAUCUCUCGCAGUCCUUUUCAUUGCAAGUAUCUUCACAUUGGCUUCGUUUGCUGCAUAUUUUGAUAGUGUCGUUGGAUAUUCAUACAAUUUGAUGGUUGUUGCUCAUUUUCUAUGCUAUGCAGCAUCGAUUUUGACUGCAUUUUGGCUUGGCACUUCAUAUACAGGAGCAAUAACACAAGAAAAUUGA